AUGGUCUCCUUCAAGUCCCUCCUCGUUGGCGCUCUCGGUGCCGUCGGCGCCCUCGCCUUCCCCCUGAACACGACUGAGCUCACCGAGGCUCAUGCUCGUGGCGAGAAUGUGACGGCGCUGCUCAUGGCCCGCGGCGGCACCCCGAGCCAGACCGGUUACCACGGCGGCUACUACUUCUCGUUCUGGACCGACAACGGCGGCACCGUCAACUACUGGAACGGCGACAACGGUAACUACGGUGUCAACUGGCAAAACUGCGGCAACUUUGUCGGUGGCAAGGGCUGGAACCCGGGUGCGUCGCGGACGAUCAACUACAGCGGGCAGUUCAACCCAUCCGGCAACGGGUACCUGGCGGUGUACGGGUGGACGACGAACCCGCUGAUCGAGUACUACAUUGUGGAGUCGUUCGGCACGUACGACCCGUCGUCGCAGGCGCAGAACCUGGGCACGACCUACAUCGACGGCAGCAACUACAAGAUCGCCAAGACGACGCGCUACAACCAGCCCUCCAUCCUCGGCACCUCCACCUUCGACCAGUUCUGGUCCGUCCGCCAGAACAAGCGCUCCAGCGGCAGCGUCAACGUCGGCGCCCACUUCUCCCGCUGGGCCCAGAGCGGCCUCCGGCUCGGCCAGCACAACUACCAGAUCGUCGCCACCGAGGGCUACCAGAGCUCCGGCUCCUCCUCCAUCACUGUCUGGUAG